AUGACGAAGGCCGAGCAGAAGAAGGCCGUGCAGUUCACCCGCAUGUGCAAGUUCUGGCAGACCAACGAGUGCAAGAUGGGGGCCGAUUGUACCUUUGCACACGACGCGUCAGACUUACGUCCCAGUCCGAAGCCUUGCUUUGACUUUGCGAAGAAGGGCGUCUGCACUCGUGGUGAUGCAUGUAGGUUUGUGCACCAGCUUGGGCCAAAGGCAAAGGUCAAUGUCACGGAGAUGCACAACGCAACCUUCCAGAUGAUCCGGCCUGACAUUCCAUCCCAGCUGCUUGCCGCCUACACGAUGCCAAUGCAGAGUCUCGACGCGCCCGGAAAGUUUGCGUUGAACUCUGGCGCAGCACCAUGGUUUCCAUGGGAAUCGGAUGCCGUUUUGAACCAAUUCCCUCAAGCACCACCCGGGCUGGAUCAAAUUCCUUUGCCCAAGAGCCUCAUCGGCGGUGCCGUUUGCAUGGUGGACAACAAUAACAAGGAUGAGGCAGAUGUGUGCUCCACAAGCUCGGGUGAUUCCUCGCUCGGUUUAGAGCAGUUCCCCGUCCGCGGAAUGAAGAGCACGGCGGCUGACGAAAUGAUGUUUGCCACAGGGAGUUUGACAUCUACAAUGAGCCUGAGCGCAACGCCGUCGCAAUUCAGGGAGGUUUAUGGUGUGGAGAAUUAUGUUUGCUUGUCUGUGUGA